UCCAUCACUUGGAUGAGUUGAACGCGCAAGAGAGAGAGAGAGAGAGAGGGAGAACGCGAGCGAGAGAGUGAGAGAGAGAGAAAUGGACAAACAAGAUCUUGAUCUGCUUCUGCAAGCACGCACAAGUGAACUGCAGCACGAGUACGAAAAUUUGGUACGGUCGCUGGACGCCGCCUACGAGGCGGUGAAAGCGAUUGGUCGCGAUAUCGCCGAGAAUCGGGCCGAGGCGAGGCGACUGUUCGACACGAGGCUGAAACUGGCGCGCGGUGACGAUCUCGAAGCUGUUCUGCGGCUUUGCAGCGGUGACGCCACGACGACCACGGCUCAGCAGAACAAUAGCAGAGGGAACGGUAGGAAGCUGAACGGCGCUGGCGAUCAUUUGCCCCCUGCCACGGUGAGACUUUACGUGCAGCAGAGUGACGCGAACUGUAUUGCUACUAGGCCGGCGGCGACGCAGCAGCACGUCAAUGUUGAACAGCAACAUCCGAAAGUCGUUACUCUUACCCCUUCGCCAGCGCAUGAAGUACUGCCGAGGCUACGACCGAUCAAGUCAAGUCACACGUUUGAUACAACAUCGCUGCUGAUCGAGCCGCAACAACACGAACAGCCGCAUUACAGUCCAGUCUACGUCGGGGACGAUCACUCGUACGCCGUCAACGAAGAAGAAGACGGAAACUUGGCUGAGCACCAGUUGAUGCUUGAAGAAAGAUUGAUGAUCGAUGCCGGUGACGCGAAACGUAGAAGGUGUCGAGAAUCCCUUGCUGGCGGAGUCGAUUUAUCGAUAGUAAAAACUGAAUUUCCUGAGAAUUUCGUAGAAGAACAGAAUCCACUAGUCGACCCUCAAAAACAAAUUGUCCAGCCAGUCACAAUAGCAAAAAGUCCAAAGAUAGUCACUACAUUGUCCAAAAGGUCAUCUUCAAAAUUGCGUAAAUCCACAGAAAUUGAUGAUGACGACGAACUUGUCAGGAAGAGGAAGCAAACGAGAGAGAGAAUGCGUCGAUGGAGAGCUAAAAAGAAGAUGGAAGAAUUAAAUGCCAAACAGCCUUAUAAGUAUAAGCUUGUUAUAGCAAAGACUGCUAACGCGUAAAGGAACAUUUUUUUUUUGAAGAGCUUAAAAGUUGGAAAAGUGAUUUGUUCGCUCAAAUCAUUUUGCUCACCUAUAAAUGAACGUUAGCCAGUCAUUACCGAUAGCUGUUUUUUACACUUUGAUGUUGUUACUGCAAACAAUUAAUUACGAGAUCUGCGUAAUUUGUAUGAAUAGACUGAGACUGAGCAAUAGUCUUUUCACUUUUAAUUUUUUAUUUAUUAUGCAUCGCUUACAAUUGUUUUAUAAAUAUAUUUUGUUAUUAUAUUAUUAUUAGCACCCCUCAUUAUACAAUAAUUCGAUAAAAAUGUGGAAUGGCUGGGUUCCUCUCAAAUAAAAUCAAAUUCUCUUUAUAAAAUGUGCAACGUUUUGCCGUCCACGUUUGCGGCCUCAUCAUGCACUAAAUUUAUUAUUCGAUGUGUUAAAUACAAAUUAUGAUAUCAAGUUUACAAAUUUGGCAAAAAACAAUCAACGCUUACAAUACAACGUUUUUGUUAAAAUUUACAUAAUUUCAUCAGUGGAAGUACAGUCACUUCGCCAAAAAUAUUUUUUUAAAUUAAUAUAAAACAUUAUACUGUAUUAUUACUUUCUUGUGAUAUGGUUAUCAAAAGUUUAGACAAACGUUUAACAACCAUCAAUAAUUCAUUAAAAAUACAAUACACUUGCAUUAUUGACCUCGUGAAAUUAUUGUUUCAUAAUACCUUUUUCUUGAUCAUUGAUAAAAUAUACAAGCACAUUUUUGGUAUGCCGAUGGGAUCACCGAUAUCUCUUUUAUUUGCCGACAUAUUUGUGGAAGAUUAAAAAAUUAAUUGUUUAAAGACAUUAAAAGAACAAUUUGACUGUAUAUCAUUAUUUUAUUACCGGUAUGUCGUCGAUACAAUAAUGUGUAUUAAAAAAGAUUACCCUUCAUACAGUUAAAUGGUUUUAAUAGCUAUUGCUUUUGUCUUCAAUUCACUUAUGAAUUUAAAUUAAAUAAUAUCUUGUAUUUUUAGAUUUAUCGAUUAUCAGAAAUAAUAAUAGAAUCAUUAUUGAUUGGGUUCAAAAGGAAAUAUCAUUAGUUAAAAUACUUAAUUUUAAUUCAAACCAUAUAAUACAAUAAUAACGAAAUAUUAUUACCAAUUCAUAUGAUAGAGCUAGUUUACUCUCACAUAAAGAGUUUCACACAAAAAAUUUAAAUAAAAUCAUUGAUCAAAUUAAAAGCGAAGAAAAGUGAUGUCAUUUUAAGUCCAACAGUCCAACUGUAACUAUUUCUAUCCUGUUUAUUGAAGAAUUUUAUUAUGAUUAUAAACAAGCGUUAAAUAAAAAUAGUAUUUGUUGGGUUACGUUAAUAAAUCACAAAUUGGAUAAUGUUAGGUAAAGAUUACAAUUAUAAAUUACAGGAGAUUGGCGUAGUAAACACAUUUUAUUGUAACGACUGCAACUCUGUUUAUAUUGGAGAAAGUAAACGAUUGUUAAAAACUAGAAUUAAUGAACAUAAAAGAACAAUUGAAAAAAUUACAGGCUAUAAAAAAUUAGAUGAAAAUGAAUUAAUGUCGGUUGCUACGCUUUUUUUGAGAAUCCCAAUCACAGCUGUAAUUUUGAAAAUACUAGGAUUAUUAAUAUAAAAUGUCUUCUUAAUAAAAGAUGCAUUUCUGAAAUGCUACGUAUAAAAUUAACUAUACAUUCGAUCAAUAAACAUGAAGAUACAAAACUUUUGAACUCUCAAUAUAAUCGUAUUUUGUUAUUUAUAUUACUAUUUAUAAGAUCAGUGUAGUAGAUUAGUGUUACUUUCUGCUUUGAUAAUACAGUAUAAUAUUUUGUAUUUUUUCAAAAACAUUUUUUUAACAAAGUAACUGUGCUUUCACUGAUAAAAUUAUGUGAAUUUUGACGAAAACAUGUUGUACUUGUGUUGAUUGUGUUUUUUGUCAUAUUUGUAAACUUGGUAUUAUAAUUUGUAUUUUAUAUAUUAUAUAACAAAUUUAGUAUUUGAUAAGAUCGCCAACAUGGGCGGCGAAACGUUGCGCAAUGUAUAAAGAAAAUUUGAUUUAAUUUGAGAGGGACUUUCACAUCGAUUUUUGUCGAAUUAUGUUUUGUUAUUAUAUUACAUAUAUAUAGACCUAUAUAUUCAUUUUGUAAAUAUAUGUGGUUACA